AUGACUGGAGAAGAGGCCGAUCAUGAGAUACAGGCGGCGCGCCCUGAAGCGGCUACUCAACACAAUUUCACUCCUCCGAUCUCUAAGAAGGCGGACCCGUACACCGUCGAGGUCAUGGAACAACCGACACCAGCCCUGAAAGGACGUUUAGUGCUUGAUCCGCAAUGGCCUCAGCGUGCCGGGCUGGCUCUGAGCACUUUUGGUGCGUUUUGUCUGACAAGGGCCGUUGUCAUUGCUUAUCAACAACUUGUCUGGGUCACUUUGAAAAAGCGAUCUUUCAAAUUGUCCACGAUUGAUGCAAUCUUUAAUGCUUUGGACGACCCUUUAGGGUUUCUUGACCUCGAAUUGAUCUCCAGAGCUACACGUUUAUCCAUACUAGCGAUUCAACUAUGGCUUAUCCCCAUCUCCGUCCUCCUCACUCCAGCCACCCUGACGCCCAUUGCCAGAACUGAGAAUAUUACAAUAACAUGUAACAAUAUUCAAUCAAUCAAUAUGAAUCUCGACGUACAGGUAACUCCUACUUUGCUCGCUGGAGAAAAUCUCGGUCCCCAAGGCCUGGUAUAUGGCCGCGCAAUGCCUUCCAAUAACUCCAUUAUCUUCUACGAAGAGCCUUCCAUGGCACUAGAAUAA